CGGAGAGUCGGGCCGCACGGUUAGGCGCACGCUCCUGUACUCAGAUGUCAGCUCAGUGAAAACACAACGCGCACUGAUCGGUGGGACUGUCAGCCAUCUCUCAUAUGUUCUUCAGUGGCUCAACGUGAAUUUUUGAAAUCUUUCCACAGCGUUUCAGGCCUUUUUAUUUUCGCGGCGCUGCCAAAGAGGAUUUACCUAUUUGCGCUUUUACCUGGUUUGAUCAACAAUGCCAGCUGACACUAUGGAAAAGCAGACGGCGUCUCCUAUUGCCGGCGCCCCUGCAAACGGAUCACACACACCGGACAAACCGAAAAAUGCCAGCGAGCAUAGAAAAUCAUCCAAACCGAUCAUGGAAAAACGCCGGAGAGCGAGAAUAAACGAAAGCCUUGGGCAGCUAAAGACUCUCAUCCUGGACGCACUUAAAAAAGAUAGCUCCAGACACUCCAAGUUGGAGAAAGCAGAUAUCCUGGAGAUGACAGUGAAGCACUUGAGGAACCUGCAGCGCGUACAGAUGAGCGCAGCGCUCUCAACAGAUACCACCGUCCUGAGCAAAUACAGAGCCGGAUUCAACGAGUGCAUGAACGAGGUCACCCGCUUCCUGUCCACCUCAGAGGGGGUGAACGCGGAGGUGAGGUCGAGGCUCCUCAACCACCUGUCCAGCUGCAUGGGCCAGAUGAUGUCCAUGAACUAUCCGCAGCAGGCCGCGUCCCAACAGGCGCAUCUGGCUCAGCCCCUCCAUGUGCAACUCCCAUCCACGCUGCCCAUCAGCGGUGCUGCCAUGAGCUCCAAACUCAGCCCUGCCGAUGCCGUCUCCCCAAAGGUCUUUGGUGGGUUCCAGCUGGUGCCAGCAACCGACGGACAGUUCGCUUUUUUGAUCCCUAACCCUGCCUUUACCUCGGCCACCGCCCCUGUCAUCCCCCUUUACGCAAACGCAGGAGUGCCUGUUGCGCUCAACGCCAGUCCGGUGCACGGCAGCUCGGCACCGACUGCAGCAUCUCCGGUACACGGCAUGACGUCCUUCUCCGGGGGAUCCCAAGCGGUCAGCCCGGUCGGGGUCAGCACAGGCUCGGAGAGCAGCGAGCCUGUGUGGCGGCCGUGGUAGCGCGAGGGACAAGAGACUCAUAUGUGAAACCAGUUUGCAUUACUUUUCCAGUUUAGACGUUUAACUGACCGCACACACACACACACACACACACACACACACACACACACACACACACACACACACACACACACACACAA